AUGUUCAUCAUAGAAAACUGCGGAGUUCAACACCACUUCAGUUGCCCACACUUUAUAAGCUCAAACAAUCUUCAGAUUUCAGCAGUGCCCAGUUUGAAUAAAAAAUUGAGCAAAAUCCAAAGAAGAGAUAUUCCAUUAGGAGACCCGUUUUUAGGAUUUCCACAAAAUAUUGAGGUGAAUAAUGAGAACCAAGCAAAAAAAACAAUUAUUUAUCCCCAACUUCCAACAGCAUUACCUCCAUUACCACCACCACCACCUCCACCACAGACCAUUCCAAAAUAUACUCCUGUCAAACCUUUAGUCAAACCGAAUGAAACGGAAGCUGAGAGAGCUGAAAGAAUUCAUAAAUCUUUUGAAAGAUUGCUGACGUUUGUUGAAAUUGUCGGUCAGGUUGAUAAUUAUGUCUCUAGCAAAUGGAAAAAUCUUGUUCGAACAGUGUCCAAUUUUUAUGAAGUUGAAGAUGAACCUUAUCGUGUUAGUGCAAGGAGAAUUUAUGGUACCUGUGGCAAUGCUCACUAA